UGCACCACUAGAGUCUUCUACAAAUAGCUCUUAAGUAGCCCUGGAGAGCACAGUCCUGGUUUCUGCCUUGAACAGAAGCUGCUGCACUCCAGGAGAGCAGAGACAAGCAAGGUUUUUGAUACCAUCUUACUCCUUGAGAAUGGCCUCAGUUGCUCCAUCACGUGAUCCUAGUUUGGAUGCUGAAUGGGAGGAAUGGAAGAGGAAAUUUGAAAAAACCUACAGUCAGGAUGAAGAAGGACACAGAAGGGCACUGUGGGAAGAAAAGAAGAAGAAAAUUGACAAGCACAAUGUGGAAUAUGAGCAGGGCAAGGUCAGCUACUCUCUGCGCCUCAAUCAAUUUAGUGACAUGACGGAUGAAGAGUUCAAGGGAAAUUGCUGUGGAUUGUUAGUGGAUACAGAAGAGUCACCUAAAUCUGAGAAUUUAAAAGUGAACAGCUAAGUGACCCUGGUGAUGGAUUAGGCAGAAUAACAGGAGGUGCAGGAUUAGAAACAAUAAGACAGCCUAGGAGUAAAGCAAUCACUCUUUCAUUGCCUCAGGAGCUUCUGCCCAAGAUGUGAAUUGCGUGGUGCUAAGGAGAAUGGACUGGGGGAAAGAAGGAGCAGGAGGGGUCCUCUCCAUCACAUUGUGGAAUAAAAUGGUGAAUUCAUUUAAUAUCAACACUGUGAUGUGAACUAACAGUCAUAUUCUCAUUAAUAAAUCACUACAAUUUUUCACUA